GGCACCAUAUAUAAGAGCAUGCACAUUGCAAACUAGGCAUUUCGAAUUUCGACGUCAAGGAAUAUGAGGCUACAUCCAGUGGCCAUCCUUGCGGUUCUUGCCGCUUUGGCAAGGGCAAACGUGUCAGAUAAACGACAAACAGUCAGUGCACCAUGUAUUCCCCAAGAUAUAGUGUAUAUGAUAGAUUCAUCAAGCUACAUUGGUUACGAACAUUUUAAACAACAACUUGACUUUAUAAAAAACAACAUUAGAUACUAUAAUCUUAAUCCACAAUGUACCCGUAUAGGCAUUGUAACUUACAGUUCUGGUGCAUAUAAUCAGUUCUAUCUGAACCAUUAUACCACCCAGACCCAGCUGUUCAAUGCCAUAGAUGGUAUCCAAUACCAUUCCGGAGGUUCAAAUACUGCCGACGCCUUAAACUUUGUUUCAAGUCAGGCGUUUACCACCGCCAACGGUGGAAGGACAGGUGUUCCACACUAUGGAAUACUUGUAACUGGCAGUUCAUCAACAAACUCUGCACAAACUGUGGCAGCAGCUAAGAUUGCCCAGCAGUCUGGCUUAAAUUUAUUUGCUGUCGGUGUAGGAAAUGGCUACAACUCAGCUGAGAUGAGAGGAAUUGCAAGUGGCUCCAAAAACUUUUUUACAUCACAGAGCUAUAAUGCCUUAAACUCAGUAGCAGAACCUCUAGCAACUAGAAUAAAUGGAGCUGUCUCACCAACAACAACACAAGCAUUGGGUACACCAAAUUCAUGUUUACAGCAAGCUGACAUUGCAUUCCUUGUUGACGGAUCAGGAAGUAUUGGUUCUGCCAACUUCCUGAAGCUUGAGAACUUUGUCAAGGGAAUUGUGAGCAAGCUAGAUGUUGGCGCCAACAAAGUCCAUGUUGGAAUGGUACAAUUCAGUAACUACCCCAAACAGGAAUUCCCAUUGAGCAUGUAUUCUUCUAGACAAGAUGUUAUGACAGGUAUUGACCAGAUACACUACAUGGGUGGUGGAACUAACACUGCUGACGGUAUCAAAUACCUCAGAGAACAGGUGUUCUCCCAGAGUGGUGGUGCUAGGCCAAAUGUUCCAAGGAUUGCAGUGGUGAUCACAGAUGGCAGGAGUUCAAACCCCACACAAACUGCUGCCCAAGCUAACCUUGCUAGACAAAAUAACAUUGGUAUGAUUGCCGUUGGUGUCGGAAAUGGAGUGGACAUAAAUGAGCUUCAUCAAAUUGCUGAUGAUCCUGAUGCAGCCAAUACAUUUACUGUUUCAAACUACGACCAGCUGAGCAACAUUGCUGCCCAAAUUAUCACCCGUGCAUGUCAUGUAACAUCAACAGCAGCUCCUCCAACACAAGCACCAGCUGUAUUGAACCCCAAACCUGAAACAUGUUUGGACAAGAUUACAAAUUGUGACACUUAUCCUAAAUCUGUUUGCUCCGGAGACUAUUUUGGCUGGUCGAGAGACAAUUGUCCGAGAUAUUGCGGAUUCUGUACUCCUGUAUACACAACUGCCCCACCAGCUUGUGAAGAUAAGUUGAGUAACUGCAACCAAUAUCCAAGCUCCUCUUGUGUCGGAAAAUUCUUAGACUGGGCUCAUGACAACUGCCGAAAAUAUUGUGGAUAUUGUGAUUCCACAUCCCAGUCUCUAGGAUUCUAUGGCCAAUGUUACUACAAGGGACAGACAUAUAAACAAGGUGAGAGUUGGGAAGAUGGGUGUGACUACCAAUGUACAUGUCUCGAGGGACAGACUGGAAAAUACCAGUGUUACAACAAGUGCCCAGUCUAUUACAACUUGCCUUCCCAGUGUACACUUGUGAAGAGUGAAUCAACGUGCUGCCUGCAACCAGUCUGUGACUUCAACCCCAAAAUCUCCUCAUUUGAGACAAUCAGCCCAGGAAAAACAACUGAUGGCAUUGAUAUUUGCUUAUUCCAAGGUCAUCAAUAUUAUGAAGGUCAAACUUGGGAAGAUGGCUGCAAGUACACAUGUACAUGUACCAAUGGUAGAACAGGAACAUACAAAUGUCAAACUCUCUGCCCAGAUUACACUGCCAUUCCAAGCUUCUGCCACCUUGAAACUAAACCCGGUGAAUGCUGUGCCAAACCAGUAUGUGAGUUCAAGACCCAACAGGGAAGUUUUACAGGCUCUGGAACAAUCAGUGGACAUGGUGUUGCUGUUUCCCCAACUGCACCACCAGCUUGUGUUGAUACAUUGAGUGACUGUGACAGAUAUGGUACCAAUGCUUGCCUUAACUUUAAACCAUGGGCCAGAGAUAACUGUAGAAAAACCUGCAAUCUAUGUGUUAAUAAUGCUCCAAACCCAGAACCAACUGAUGUGUGUAUAUAUGAUGGAAGGGCAUUCCACCAGGGUGAUACAUGGAAAGUAGGUUGUGAUACAACAUGCACAUGUGAGAAUGCCGUAUACGGAUAUUACAGAUGUGUUAACUCAUGUCCAACAUAUAACAACCUCCCAUCAACCUGUCAGACCGUCAAGAAGGCCGGAGACUGUUGUGCCACGGUACAAUGUAGCACUGGAACAUUUAUCUCAUCAACUGGAAACCUCGCUACUAUCGGUGGCGGUGGAUUGAUUCAGACACCAGGAUAUGUGGCUCCCACUCUACCAUCUGGUGGUACCCCAAUGCCUGGAACUGGUGGCACCAGCUUUGUAGCUCCAUCACUGAAGGGAUGUCUAUACAAAGGAGAUGUUUACAUUUCCGGCCAGACCUGGGAGGACGGAUGUCAAUAUUCAUGUACUUGUGAAAAUGCUGAACAAGGCUUAUACAGCUGUAGGCAAAAGUGCCCAGAAUUCCCAACUCUUCCAGCUGAAUGCCACCUUGAGGUUGACGCAAGUGACCCCUGCUGCCAAAGGCCAAAAUGUACAUUCACUGGUACCCCAACUCCAGUUAUCCCAGUAUACAAGCCAAGUACCACAGGCCAUAAUGUUGUAGCCCCACCCAAACCAGGAGAGCUGUUCCAGGGUACCCAGACUAUUGUAGCCGUCAUCACUCUGCCAGGAAACAACCCCAAUCCACCCACUGCUGACCCAAGUGCACACCCAGGUGGAAUUGGUUACUGUGAGUAUAAAGGACAUACAUACAAACAAGGUGUAUCAUGGGAAGAUGGCUGCUCAUACAACUGUGUGUGUGAAGAUGCCUCAAUUGGAUUCUACAGAUGUAGAGAAAAGUGUCCCAAGUAUCCACCUCUACCUGCUCAGUGCCAACUUGUCCAGGACCCUAACAACCGAUGCUGCAAAGUCCCAAAAUGCUCAUUUACAGGUCAGGUGACCUCCAUCAGUGGACAUGGUCAAGCGACUACACCCAAACCAGUUCUAACCACAUCUAGGCCAUUUAUUCCCCAGACACAAGCUCCAAAGAUGUGUGUAUACAAGGGUAACCAGUAUGGACAAGGUCAGGUCUGGUUUGACGGGUGCGACUAUAAAUGUUCUUGUGAUGAUGCCAACAGUGGAUUCUUCAGAUGUACAAGAAGAUGUCCAGAAUUCUUCAAUGUACCGAGUGGAUGUGUAUAUGUACAGGAUCCUAAUGAUCCUGCCUGUUGUAAGGUACCACAGUGUACUCCAACACCACCACCAGGUGCAACCCUGUCACCCAAUGCCAUUGCAACAAUCCCACCAGGAACUUUCGUAGGCCAGCCCAAUGCCACAGCAACCCGUGUUGGAUAUUGUGAGUACAAAGGAAUGCAUUACAAACAGAAUGAACAAUGGAUGGAUGGUUGUGACUACUCAUGCAUCUGUGAAGAUGAAAACACUGGACGUUACAAGUGUGUUGAUCGUUGCCCAAGCUUUGGUGCCCUUCCUCCACAAUGUAGAAUGGUUCCCGACUUCACAAAUCCUUGCUGCCAGAAACCAGACUGCCAGUUCAAUGGAAACUUUGGUGAAAUUACUGGUACCCUUACACCAGCUCCACAACCAGGACAUUCUGUAGCUCCUAAUUUACAGCCAACAAAUGCUCCAACACCAUCAUAUUGUGUAUACAAGAAUGCUAAAUACAGUCAAGGACAGACAUGGAAUGACGGCUGUCAGUAUAAAUGUAGAUGUGAUGAUGCUAGCCGAGGACUAUAUGUCUGUAAUGAUAGAUGUCCACAGUACCCGAACAUACCACCUCAAUGCACCAUGAUAACAGAUCCACGUGACUCAUGCUGUAGAAUGCCACAGUGUAACUUUACACCAACACAAGGACAGAUCACUGGCACCUUGGCUCCUAAUGUUAUACCUACCAAAGUACCAAGUCAGAUUACUGGCCAGGCUAACACACCAGCACCCACACCAUUCCCAGAUGGACACACACAAGCCCCUCAACCACUCAAUUUCUGUAUAUACAAGGGACAACAGUACAGCCAAGGACAGACUUGGGAUGAUGGCUGUGACUACAAAUGUAGAUGUACUGAUGCUACUCUAGGAAGAUACGUUUGUGAUGAGAUGUGUCCAAAAUAUGGAAGUAUGCCAGCAGAAUGCCACAUGAUAAAGGAUGCAGCAAAUCCAUGCUGCUUCAAACCAGUGUGCAACUUUGUACCAACCAGUGGUCAGAUCACAGGCCAGGGCAGCACACCAGUUCCAGUACCAGGGGUGUCCACAAUAGCACCAGUACCAAAUCCAAACCCAUUCCCCAACCCGAACCCAACAUUGGCUCCUCUACCAAAAUCUGUUUGUGUGUACAGAACUGAUCAAUAUACACAAGGACAGCAGUGGUAUGAUGGCUGUAAUUUCAAGUGUACUUGUGAGGAUGCCAUGCAAGGAAUCUACAGAUGUGAUAAGAGAUGUGCUGAUUACACGAGUGUUCCAGCUGGCUGCACCUUGGUUGCUGACCCCGCUGAUCCUCUCUGCUGCAAGGUACCAUACUGCCCACCAGUAACCAACAGCACAAACCCGAACCCAUACCCAACUCUACCAACAGGACACAUCAGUGGAGGCAGUGUCACCAAGGCACCAACACCUGCCCCACAACCUCAGCCUGGUGUCUCUACACCAGCUCCACAACCAGGAGUCAACCCAACACCAGCACCACAACCACAACCUAAAGCUGCAUGUAUCUACAAGGGCAAACAGUACAGUCAAGGACAAAGAUGGAGAGAUGGAUGUACUUACAACUGUGUAUGCAUGAAUGCUAUGACUGGUGUUUAUGACUGUACUGAAAUCUGUCCAAAAUACCCACAACUUCCACCUCAGUGCCAGAUGGUUCAGGAUUACAACCAGCCUUGCUGUAAGAAACCUUACUGUAACUUCUCCGGUACAACCGGUGAGGUCACAGGUCAAGGUACAACAUUGGCUCCAGUCCCUGGUGUCUCAACAUUAGCACCUCAACCUGGAACCUUCAACACACCUGCUCCAACACCCAAAAAACUGUGUAGCUACAAUGGUGUAUUGUUCAAGCAAGGAGACAGAUGGGAUGAUGGCUGUGACCUUAAAUGUGUGUGUGAAAAUGAAAUGACAGGAUACUACAGAUGUAAUCAGAGAUGUGCCCAGUACCAGAGUGUGCCAGCUGGAUGUACUUUAGAGACCGACCCCAACGACCCAUGUUGCCGAGUACCAGUCUGCAAGAGCCUGCCAACACUGGCACCAAACCCAAACCCAAAUCCAAAUCCAACUCUCUCACCAAAUCCUAAUCCAAAUGUAACUCCGGCACCAGGUGUGAACCCCACACCUGCACCAAACAUGACACCAGCGCCAUCUGUGAACCCAAUUCCAUACAUACCAACACUGGCUCCACCUAUAAUCAAUGGACAAGGAGUUACACCAACACCCCAACCUGGCGUUACUACAGACAAGCCACCACUUCCUGUGUGUGUAUACAAUGGAAAGUCGUACAUGGAGGGACAGAAAUGGCAAGAUGGCUGCCAGUAUAAUUGUGAAUGUGUUGAUGGUAUGACUGGUCAGUACAGAUGUACUGAAAGAUGUGCUGUAUAUCCAGCGUUACCUAGCAAUUGUAGAAUGGUAACCAGCCAGUCAGACCAGUGCUGCAAGGAACCAGAAUGCCAACAAGUACAGCCAACACCACAACCAACACCAUACUACACACCACAACCUCAACCAGGAGUGUCCACCAUUAAACCACCAAUUGGACCCAUAGUGACACUGGCACCUAAUCCAAAUAACACACCAGCACCCAAUCCAAUCGCGACCCCAGCUCCACAGCCAAUGCCAAAACAAUUCUGUGUAAUGAGUGGUGUACAGUACACACAAGGACAGCAGUGGAACCAGGGCUGUGACAAGAUAUGCGUGUGUGAUGAUGCCUCAACUGGUCAUUACACAUGUUCUGACAGAUGUAAAAUUUAUCCAAAUGUGCCAAACACAUGCACAAUGGUUCCCGACCCCAACGAUCCAAUAUGUUGCCAGGUACCACAAUGUAUUCCAGUGCCAGGUACCAACGGUCAGCCAACACCUGGACCUACAGAUAAACCACAGAUCUACACCGAUGCUCCCCAUGCCGUUGUCACAGGAACCGGUACCCCACCCACUCCAUUACCAAGAACAACUGUUGCCCCACAACCUGGUGUAUCCCAGCAACCAACACCAGCUCCACAGCCUGUUCCAAAGGUGUGUGUAUACAAGGGACAACAAUACAACCAGGGACAAAGAUGGCAAGAUGGCUGUGAUUUCAACUGUGUCUGUGAUGAUGCUAUGACAGGAAAAUAUACAUGUACUGCCAGAUGUGGAGAUUACCCGAACUUGCCAAGACAGUGUCGACUUCAGAGAGACACCAGAGAUUACUGCUGCUAUGUUCCAGUAUGUGAUUGGUCAGCCACAACACCAGCUCCCAUCUUCACACCAGCUCCUGUACCAGGUACCACACAGGUUCCUAUCCCAGGAGUCUCCACUAUAGCCCCACAACCAGGAGUCAAUCCCACUCUAGCUCCUCAACCUAAAUCAUUCUGUGUAAUGAAUGGAGUGACAUUUGGCCAAGGACAGGUUCUUAAUGAUGGAUGUUCACAGAGAUGUAGAUGUGAUGAUGCUAGUAAAAACUAUUACAACUGUUAUGACAGAUGUGCUAACUACCCACAAGUACCUUCAGGCUGUAUUAUGGUAACAGAUCCAAGUGAUGCUUGUUGCCAGAUACCACAAUGUAACAUUAUGCCAACACCUAGACCAAAUAUGACCCCUGCACCAAACCCACUUGGAUCAACAAUUGCACCACACCUGGCACCAGGGCAGACACCAGUGCCAACACCAAAGGUUGUGCCAACACCUGCACCAUCCCCAAUACCAACAGCUGUACCAGGACAAAUCAUCAGUAAACCUGACCCAACCAGACCCCCACAACAGAGAGGAUUCUGUGUAUACAAGGGAAUUAACUACAAACAAGGACAGACAUGGAAUGAUGGUUGUCUAUACAACUGUGUAUGUCUAGAUGAUAUGACAGGUCAAUAUAAAUGUACUGAGAGAUGUCCAAGAUAUCCAAACAUACCAACAUACUGUGUGAUGGUUCAAGAUCCUAACGACCAGUGCUGCAAGAAACCAUUCUGUCCAAAUGUUGUGCCAACACCAGCACCAAACAUGACACCAGCCCCAACACCAAGCAUUUUCAACCCAUCACCGAUACCAGGCAUGAUCACACCAGCACCGAUACCAGGAGUGUCAACACUCGCACCAAAACCAGGACUGCCUACAAAUGCACCAAAGCCUGGCACAGUGGCACCCGACCCGUUCCUACACCCAACACCAUCAACACCUAAACCUCAACCACUACCAAAGAAUGUUUGCAUUAUGAGUGGUAAGGCUUACACUCAAGGACAGACUUGGUAUGAUGGCUGUAAACAAAUAUGUGUAUGUGAUGAUGGCAUGACCGGACAUUACACAUGUAACCAGAGAUGUGCAACAUACACAGGCUACCAGUCUGCCUCAUGUAUAUAUGUACCUGACCCUAAAGAUCCAGUCUGUUGCCAGAUUCCACAAUGUAACCAAGUCAACAGUACUGUACCAGCACCUGUCACAGGAGUACAUACUGGUGGUGGACCAGUCCCAACACCACGUCCAAUCAUGACACCAGCACCAGGCACAUACAGCACCCUUGCUCCUAUACCAGGGGUAAGCACAUUGGCUCCUAUACCAGGUGUAAGCACAUUGGCUCCAAACCCCAACAUCAACAAUACCCCUGCACCAACACCUGCUCCAAAAAUAUGCGUGUACAAAGGCAGCGUGUAUACACAAGGUCAAACAUGGAGAGAUGGAUGUCAGUAUGACUGCACAUGCUAUGAUGCUGAACAUGGAAAAUACAGAUGUACCGAUGUCUGCCCAAGAUAUCCAGGUCUUCCACCUCAGUGCAGACUUGUGAGAGAUCCAAUGAACCCAUGUUGCCAGAAACCAGACUGCUCCACCCCUGCACCCCAGGUCACAUUGGCUCCAGUACCAGGUGUCAGCACCCCAGCACCAAACCCAUUUGUAACACCUACCACAAGUUUCUGCGUGUACAAGGGUGUCCCAUUGAGAAAGGGACAAACAUUUGAUGAUGCCUGUGACAAGGUUUGUAGAUGUGAGGACACCAUGUUGAAUGAUGUUGUGUGUGACGACAGAUGUCCAACCUACCCAGCCCUUCAAUCCGGCUGCACAAUGGUAACAGAUCCAAGAGAUUCAUGUUGCCGUGUACCACAGUGCCAACCAACAAACUCAGUCACAAAUCCAAACACCACAAUCCUUACUGGAGUACCUGGCACAAUUACUGGACAUACACAACCUAACCCAUCUAAUCCAUUCACUGGAUCUAGAGAUGUGUGCUUGUACCAGGGUAAGGCAUAUAAGACCGGAGAUAAGUGGGAUGAUGGAUGCACCUACACGUGUGUGUGUAUUGAUGGAACAACUGGUCAAUACAGAUGUACUGAGAGAUGUGCGAGAUACCCCAAUGUACCAGCUCAGUGUAGUAUGGUAGCCGACCCCAGGGACAAUUGUUGCCAGAAACCUUACUGCCAGUUCAUCGCUCCAACACCAGCACCAAACCCGAACCUUACACCUAGCCCAUACCUGACACCACAGCCAGGUGUUUCAACCAUUGCCCCACUACCAGGUGUUUCCACUAUUGCACCAAACCCAGUGAACACACUAGCACCACAGCCGGGAGUUCAGCCAACCCCAGCUCCAAGAAUGGUAUGCCAGUACAAGAACCAGCUAUACAGACAAGACCAGGUCUGGUAUGAUGAUUGUAAUGCUGUUUGUAGAUGUGAAGAUGCCAAUACUGGUUAUUACAGAUGUCAAGAAAGAUGUGCAAAAUAUCCAAAUCUACCUCCAACUUGUACCCUGGUACCAGACCCGAAGGAUCCAACUUGCUGCAAAGUUGCUUCAUGCCCAACACCACCAACCAGUGUGCCACCAACACCAGGAUACCUGAUACCAAACCCCAACACACCAGCACCACCAAUGGUAACUGGUGUAGCUCCAGUACCAACACAACCAUCUCCAUACCCAAAUCCAAACCCACAGAACACUCCAGCCCCACAACCUGGUGUAUCUACUUUAGCACCACAGCCAGGUGUGAACCCCACACAAGCACCACAGCCUAAACAACAAGGAUGUUUCUUCAAUGGUAAGGUGUACACAAAGGGUCAGAAAUUUGAUGAUGGCUGUGACUACCAUUGUAUCUGUGUGGAUGAUAUGACUGGACAGUAUUCAUGCACAAAACGUUGUACUGAUUAUCCACAAGUACCAACACAGUGUGUGAUGGUUCAAGAUCCAAAGGAUGCUUGUUGCCAGGUACCAUAUUGUGACUAUGUGAACCCAUCUCCAUUCCCACAUGGUAUUCCUACACCAGCACCAAAUCCGUUCCAGACACCACUGCCAGGACAAGUUACAGUAGCCCCACAACCUGUCACCAGACCACCUCCAGGUUAUUGUGUGUACAAAGGAGUAUACUACCAGCAAGGACAGACCUGGGAUGAUGGCUGUGAUAAACGUUGCAGAUGUGACGAUGUUUCUACUGGCUACUACUCAUGCUCAGAAAGAUGUCCAAGCUAUACCGGUCUCCCAUCUAGCUGUAGACUGGUAACCGAUCCUAAUGACAGUUGUUGUGUGGUACCCGAUUGCAACACCUUUACACCAGCUCCUACACCAUUGAUCUUUAACCCAGGAACCAACCCACCAAUCAGUGGAGUAAAUCCAUCUACCACACCUAAACCAAUCAUUGUGGCACCAACAUAUGUACCAGCUGUAUUCUCUGGUUCCAGCAGUAACAACCCUGGCAGUUAUGGAACCGGCCCCUCAGGAAAUGGCAAGAUGUGUGUAUACAAGGGUAAACCUUAUACUCAGGGACAAACAUGGGAUGAUGGUUGCCAGUUCAGAUGUACAUGUUUCGACCAGAACAGAGGCCAGUACAGAUGUACCGAGAGAUGCCCAAGAUAUAUCAAUUUACCCGCCUUCUGCACAUACAAACAAGAUCCAAAUGACGCCUGCUGCAAGAUAGCAUCAUGUGAUGUGUCCCAGGUGCCAACCCCAGGUGUAUUUGUACCAACACCUAACCCACAGUAUACUGGUGUACCUGGUGUCAACACAGGACCAUCAGGCUCAAACCCACCAAAUACCUACCAGCCAGGUUUCAACACUGGACCCUCAGGCUCAAACCCACCAAUUACCUACCAGCCAGGUUUCAACACCGGACCCGCAGGCUCAAACCCACCAAUUACCUACCAGCCAGGAUUUAACACCGGACCAUCUGGCUCACAGCUUCCAAUCAACCCAACAUCAGGGACAGGCACUUCUGGCAAUAGAAACAUGUGUAUUUACAAAGAUAUGACAACACAUCCACUUGGCUCCACAUGGCAAGAUAAUUGUAAGAGCUGUGUAUGCGAAAACCCACUCACUAAUUCCUACAGAUGUACUGACAGAUGCCCAGUUUACUCAGACCUUCCAAGCACCUGUUAUCUGAUUAAGGACCCUAAGGAUAAUUGCUGUUCCCUACCUCAAUGUUCAGGUUCUCUUUCACCCGUAACUGUUACUGGUUCCCAAACUCCAGGAACAUCUGGAUCCAAUAUUGUACCAGUUGGUACCCAUACUCAAUUCACUGGUAGCUACAACCCACAACCUGGAACCGGCACCAUUUCUGGAAGUAGAACUGAUUGUGUAUACAAAGGAACUACCCAUAAACAGGGUGAGUCUUGGGAUGAUGGAUGUGCCUACACAUGUACCUGUACCGAUGCUUCAACUGGUCUUUAUACAUGUACUUCAAAAUGCCCACAAUACCCAAGCAGUAUUCCAUCUUACUGUAAGAUGAACACAGUACCUGGCAUGUGCUGUAAAUCAUUGAGCUGCAAUAUCCCACAAGUAGGAAACUACGUACCAUCUCCUAUGCUUAUACCAACCCCUGCUCCACAACUUCUACCUGGCCAGACACCAGCACCAAACACAGGAAGUUCACAGGUCAUUUACCCAUCUGGUACCCAGCCUGUCAUUGGAGGACAGAGCCUGUAUCCAGGCAGUGGUUAUGCUCUUCCACCAGGUGUCUCCAGCGGAAGCAUCAGAAACCAAUGUGUGUACAAGAACAGACUGUACAACCAAGGAGAGACUUGGGACGAUGGAUGUGAUUAUGUUUGUGAAUGUAUGGAAGCCAAGACUGGUUAUUACCAGUGUAAACCACAGUGUCCAAAAUACCAGCUCCCACAGGGAUGUUAUACAGUAAAGGCUGCUGGCAAGUGCUGCGAUGACCCUGUCUGUAUGAAACCAGAUGGUUCCAAGUUCAAUCCUGUUACCAACCCACAGACUGGAUACCCAGUGUAUGGCUCAUACCAACCAGGCACAGGAGGAUUCAGACCCGGCUACAACCCAAGCACCGGAACAUAUGGCACAACAGCUGUAACUGGAUAUAACCAUCAGUGUAUAUACAAGGGAAGAAUCCAUACACAGGGACAACGUUGGGAUGAUGGAUGUGACUAUUCUUGUCAAUGUACAGAUGCUCAGAAUGGAAUGUACUCAUGCUCUCCAAAAUGCCCAACUUACACAUCAAUGCCAUCUGCCUGCCGCAUGGUAACAAUUCCCGGCCAGUGUUGUCAAGAACCACGCUGUAACUAUCCAGCAGUGACAACGAUCGCAACACCUAUCAUCCACACGGUGGCGCCACAUAUCUCGGGCUGUGUCGAUGCUAUUCCCAACUGUGCUGCUUAUGGACAACAGAGUUGCAGAGCACCAUACGACAAAUGGGCAGAACAAAACUGUAAAGCUUACUGUAACCUAUGCCCCCAUACCCAGAGUCCACUCUCAAACCAAUGUGUUGACAAACUACAGAAUUGUGAUGCAUAUGAUACAACAUCAUGUACAGGUGUUUAUGAACCAUGGGCGAGAGAAAACUGCAGGAAGACUUGCAACCUCUGUACAACAUCACCUCCAGCUAUUGUGACUCACUACCCAGCACAGACUCUGCAGCCAUGCUCCGACAAAUUGCCUAACUGCGAUUCAUAUGACAAGAGUACUGCUUGCGAGGGCGUGUACGAACAGUGGGCCAUUGAUAACUGUCAGAAAUACUGCAACAAGUGUAAUGCACAAGGCAACUAUGGAACCACAAUGACUGUACAAUUACCUAGCAGCAACUGGAUGAUAAUGAUGAAGGGAGUGGCCGGUGUACCAGGUGAUCUCUACAACCUGUGGCACGGAACUGGAACCAUGAACCCCAACGUACCAGAAGCCAUGUACCUAACUAGCACCUACCCCGGACAUUACAAACCUGAUCUGUCCAAUUACUGGAACAGUCUUUGCAUUGACAAGGUUAAAGUUGCUAUCUUCAACAAAGGAGUAGAGAAGGCCAACAUUAUCUUUGAUGCCACUGGAUCAGACAAAGAAAGCUGGUUUGAUCCAAGUAGGAUCAUCUCAUCAACAUGGACUGAUAUCAGAUAUGCACCAAAGAACAUCUUCAGUUUGAUGGGUGAUCAAGCAACAGGACAUGAAUUCCUGGCCAGCAGCUCAGGCAGUGGAUGUAAUUCUCAGGGCUGGAUCAUGGUAUCAACAAAGAAUAAUUGUCCAUUUGAACAAGGAUCUCAGAAACCUGCUUUCUAUUAUGCUCCCGGCCAAUCUGUUACCAGCUGGGGAUCUACUCAGCCAGGAACGGGUGAUGUCUUUGCUAUUUUGGCUCAUCCUAACUGUAAUGGUACUGGACCAACCAUUCCAUCCCAGACAAUUGUAGCAACAUCAAGUUUCUGUAUAUACAAGAGCAAGAUUUACAACCAGGGAGAGGUCUGGCAAGAUGGUUGCCAGUAUAAUUGUACAUGUGAAGAUGCUAGAACUGGAUUCUACAGAUGCCAAGAUUUAUGCCCAGUAUGGAACAAUCUUCCAGCUGGCUGUACAUUAGAAAAGAAACCAGGAGAAUGUUGCUCUCAGCCUAGCUGUGGAGUUACUGCAAACACUUGUUAUUACGGUGGCAAAUAUUACCAUGAAGGAGAGAAGUGGAGGGAUGGUUGUAAAUAUAAAUGUACAUGCCAAGAUGGAAAGACUGGGUUCUACCAAUGUCAAACACUAUGUCUUAACUGGACAUUACCACCAACCUGCCGCCUAGACCCAGCUCCUGCCGGUAAAUGUUGCCAAGUACCCGUUUGUCCAAGCAACGUCCAAAUUCAAUAUCCACCUGGUUUUGUACAAGAAUAAAACCAUUAAUGAAUUGUGCCAUCUUUUGUUUGUAUUUAUUUCUGUUAUAUUAAUUCUAAAGUAAUAAACAUUUGUUUAAAAGUA